ACGAAAGUCGAUGUGGAGGACAGGCACCUGCGAGGGCUCCACUUUGUUCCUGUGAAACAAUGACGAGCACGUAUUGGGACUCAGGCAGAGUGGGGCUGGAGAAUGAGUUUGUGGACAUACUGGAGGAAAGGAGGUGCAGCAGUGAUCUGGGCCUCGCCUUCAAGACCUUCAGCCCAAGCCCUUACAAAGGAGCUCCAUCCUGCUCCACAGCUGAACUCAACAAAGUCGUGCUGGAGUCCCAAUACCUACGCUACGUGGCCAAGGAGAUUGCCGCGGAGACGGGGCAGUCGGUGGAGGAGGUGAGAGAGGAAGCUGUUGGGAUUUUGGAGGAAAUGUCUCAGAACCUGCAGCUGGGGUUCAUCAGGCUGAUGGCCUUCACGCUCAGCAAGGUGUUAAAGAGACUCUUCACCAGCAUCUACGUCAACAUGGAGGGACUCAACAUGCUCCAACAAGCCGUUCAGGAGUGUCCUGUGAUCCUGAUGCCCAAUCACCGGAGCUACGUGGACUUCCUGGUUAUCUCCUACAUCCUGUUCGUCUUCGACAUCCCACUGCCUGUUAUUGCUGCCGGAAUUCCUCUCGCAGGGAUGAAGAUGGUCGGAGAGAUACUGCGGCGCUCGGGAGCUUUCUUUAUCCGACGCGCCAUUGGCUCUGAUAAACUGUACUGGGCAGUGCUGUCAGAAUAUGUCAAAACUAUUGUGAAGAAUGGAUUUGCUCCUGUGGAGUUUUAUGUGGAAGGCCUGCGGAGUCGCACACUGAAGUCCCUGAUACCCAAAUUAGGUAUGAUGCACAUGGUGGUAGAACCCUACUUUAAAGGUGAAGUUUAUGACGUCACAUUGGUCCCCAUCAGCAUCAGCUAUGACCGAGUGCUGGAGGAGUCGCUGCUCGCCCACGAGUUACUGGGUAUCCCCAAACCUAAAGAAAGCACCAUGGGUCUGCUGAAGGCGAGCAAAGUGCUCCAGGAAGAUUACGGCUGCAUGCAUGUGAACUUUGGCCGCCCCAUGUCAGUCCGACAAUUGUGUCAGGGAAAGAUAAACCGCUGCCAGUACAACCUCAUACCCAGAGACCUUCCUCUGAAGCCCAGCGCAGAGACUCAGGCCUGUGUGAGCUGGCUUGCUCAUCUGAUGGUACGAAACCAAGAGGAGGGCUCUCUGACCAGCCCCUGGUCUCUGAUGGCCUGCCUGUUGCUGCAGGCUCCCACCACAGCUUUAACAAAGGAGGGUCUGCUGUGGCAUCAGCUCACUGAGAAAACCCUCUGGCUCAGGAAGCUGGCGCUGGAGUUUGGGGCUCGUCUGAACUGGCCUGGACAAGCGUCUGACUCUGAUGUGAUGUCAUCCACCGUGGAUCUUCAUGGCUCCAUAGUUCACCGUAAAGCAGGGCGUGUCUACCUGGUGCAGGAGGAACAGCCUGAGAGGAGGCGUCCAAUCAAGCCAGAGGAGGAUGUGAUGAGAACAGCGGCGGCGGUGCUGAUGCUGGCCUCCUAUAGGAAUCAGUGCCUGCACGUUUUUCUGCGUCCCGCCUUGCUCGCCACAGCCAUGCACGUCACAAAGAGCACACAGAGAGACGAGCUCGACGCCUUCUUCUGCUUCCUGCAGGACGUCUUCUCCAACGAAUUCAUCUUCGUCCCUGGAAAGUCAUCUCAGGACUUCGAGGAGGCGUGCUUCCUCCUGAAGAAGAGUGGAGCAGUCCACAUCAGUCAGCAGGAAGUGACUGUGUCAGACGCAGGAAGGGAGGUGUUAUCCUUCCUGCAGGCGCUUCUACAACCCUUCAUAGACUCUUAUCAGGUGAUGUUCAGGUACCUCUGUGAGGACGGAGUUAACGUGUGCUCUGAGAAACACUUCUUGCCUGCUGUGCGAAACCUGGCGACAAAGCUCAUCCUCUCAGGUGAGCUUCACACCUAUGAAGCCCUUUCGUCCGACACACAAAAGAACGUCCUGUCGGCCCUGCGGAGGCUGGAGACUGUGACAAAGUUGGGGGCGACGGAGCAGAAUGAAUUCAGAGUGAAUAAAGCAGCUGUCAGAAGAAUCGAUGACAUUCUUUCUGGGAAAAUCCCUCCCCAGAUGCUCCAGACUACACCUGACGCAAAACUUUAGCCUCCGUUGGAACAGAUCCAUCUUCAGUAUCAGCUCACAGUCCUGUUUACCCUUAUGUGACCUUUUCCUCCAUCUUCCUUUUCUUCCCUCCGUGCCUUUAUGCAGCAAUCGUUAGAACUGCUGCAUCUUAAAGGGACAGUUCAUCCUCAAAUCAAAAGUACAUAUUUCUCCUCUUACCUGUAUUGCUGUUUAUCAGUCUAG